AUAUUUUUCAAAAUUCAAAAAUGCAUUUUUGGCACUACUUAUUUAGGACCUAAUCUAUUCAAAAUUACAAAAUUAAAAUACUCCAAAAAUUAUUUAGAAAUCCAAACAUAAUGAACUUCGGAUACAAAAGUCUUUAAUUCAUCUUUAAUCUUUUAAAAAUAAGUGCUCCAAAAAUGCUGUUUAUAAAUUGCAUUAAUAGAUGUUUAGGACAACCAAUUCAAUAUAACUGUAAAAAUUUAGAAAGUAAUGUGAUUAUUCAGAAGAUCCUUGAUGUUCAGAAGAAUUUUCACAGGAGUAAAUACAACACAAAGAGAAAUAUAAAUAAGGACGAUACACCCACCAUGUCAGGGGCCAAAUCUGAUAAAUCGGGCAAGAAGUUAGUGGCUCUCGAAGAAGCCAUCAGAUUCAUGAAGGAUUGCUUUCUAGUUUCUUGUGUACCCGAAGAUCAUGCAUACAUCAUGGCAAAGACGUUAGCAGCAGCUGACUAUCGUGGUCACUUCAGCCAUGGAAUGAAUCGCCUGGAAAUGUACAUAAAUGAUUUGGCUAUAAACGCAACAGAUGGCACUGCCAUUCCUAAAAUAUUGAAUGAAACACCUUCAACUGCUUGGGUUGAUGGCUGCAAUGGUUUAGGUGCUGUAGUAGGCAAUUUCUGUAUGGAUUUGGCUAUUAGAAAAGCUAAAGCUGUAGGCGUAGGUUGGGUCUGUGCAAAGGGUUCUAAUCACUAUGGCAUGGCUGGUUAUUAUGUUAUGCAUGCUAUGGAUAAUGGACUUGUUGGAAUUUCUAUGACGAAUACUUCGCCUUUGAUGGUGCCAACGCGUUCGAAAGAACCUGCACUUGGUACUAAUCCACUUGCCCUUGGCGCACCUGGUAAAAAUGAUGAAUUUCUUUUGGAUAUGGCCACUACUGCAGUUGCAUUAGGUAAGAUUGAGAUACAGCGUCGCAAAGCUGAACCAUUGCCCAAUGGUUGGGCACAAGAUCCAAAUGGUAAUGUAACUACCGAUCCCGAAUUGGCUUUUGCCACUGGCUGUCUUAUGCCACUUGGUGGGGCGGAAAUAAAUUCUGGCUAUAAAGGAUAUGGUUUAGGUGCUAUGGUCGAAGUGAUGAGUGGUGUAAUGGCAGGGUCUAACUACUCCACAAAAAUACGUAAAUGGACGCAUGCGGGUGCUCACACUGCAGCCGAUUUGGGUCAAGUUUUCAUAGCUGUAGAUCCAAAUUGCUUCGCGCCCGGAUUUAAAGAACGUAUCACUGAUCUUAAUUCACGUUUAAGAAACUGUAAACCGACUGAUUCAUCAAAACCAGUGCUUGUCGCUGGUGAUAAAGAGAGCCUGUUUAUGCAAUCUGUGGAUGCUGCAGGAGGCAUUCAAUAUCUGGAAAAUCAAUUAAAAACUUGUGAAGCUCUAGCCCAACGAUUACAUAUCAAACCAAUAAAUUUCAUUUAAGUAAAAUA